AUGCCUAAACGCAAGUCACCUCCUUCAGAAAACAACCCAGGCUCUGAGCAAAGCAGCUCAGAGUCUGAAACAAGGUCAAGACCUCACAAGAAGAAUGCACGGACAGCGGCAACCGCUGGUGAGAAACAAACUCGGAAAGUCUCCCAGAAGCAACAAGAAAUGAAUGAACAACAAGCACGUAAGGAUCAGAACGAACUCGAUCAGCUUCGCAAAAAAGUGGCCAAGUUGCAGAAACAGGUGAAGAAGGGUAAGCAGACUCAAACAGCCACACGGGAGCCAACAGAAGCAGAAUACGAGGGUAUACCACACGAAAGUGAAGAUGAGGAUGAGCCUGGGCAAGUCUCAGGCAUCUUGAGCAUUGGGUCUUCGCUGAAGAGGGGUACAGCGAUGGCCAUCAGCACCACUUCUGCAAUGCACGACCGCACUCGGGGUUCCCGCUCAUACCUGCGCCGUCAAGGUUCUUCUCGCGUGGCCACAGCAUCAGACGCCACUGCUGUCACACAGCCUCAGAGGCAGCCAUCUGGGAAUUUGGUCUGCCGAGGAAACAUCGUCACUACAAUUACGGACGUGGAGAUUGCGGAAUCACACAAUACCCCUACGCUGAAUGCCCACACUGCAGUUCCUGAAUGCUCACCGCUAUCGAAGGACUCCUCAGAUAUGGCUAAAGUUGUGACACCGCUGAAACAUGCCGAGUUCGCGAAUGACGAGCCUCCCAGUGGUUGCCCGAAGGCUUCCGAUUAUAAGGAUGAUGUUAAAUUCCUUUUAUUAGAUGCUACUCACCACUUUGAAUGUCACAUCAUAGGAGUACAGGCCUACCCGAGUGCGGAGACAGCGGCUUCAUGGGCCCAUGAUCUUUGGACAGAAAUUGUGAGCCGCAAGUCCAAUGCACGUGGUGAUAUGGUGGAGGAAACUCGAAAACACAUACCUGCGGCAUACGGAUUUAUUGUGACUGAUACCUCCAGCGCACGCCGAAAGAAUAUCAAACUUUACCGUGGUCUCAUGGAGGAAUCAACGUUCCAUUACAAGACUUAUGAUUUAGAAGCCGGGACACGAAAUGGCUUCCUACACAAUCCUCUUGUUUUCAAACUCAUCAAGGAAUGCUUUUUUCAGAUGAAGACAUCGUAUGGCGUGAAAUAUAGAAAAUAUUUUGAUCCCAUUCACUUGCCAAUGCUUGCACUUCUGUUGACGGGUAUUGAACAUGUCAUUGAAGAAUGGUCAACGGGGAUCCAAGUCUCGGUCGCAUUCCGUGAAGGUGACAACGAGCGUCGGUAUGUCAAUCAUGUUGCAGAUAUCGCGAAGUGGGCAGAACCGUCGCCUGGUGUGGUCCGCAACAUCUGCAAGAAGUGGCAUGAUCGCGCCCGCCGUGCAACAGGUGUUGGUGACGAGGACAAGCCGACAGGUCACAUCUCGGCGACGGUGAUCGAGGACGCGCAGAAGGAGUUGGCAGGGUGCACUAGAGAUACCGACAGUGAGGGCGAGGAUGACUGA